UGUCAGACGGCCUCUCGCAUUGCGCAUGCGUAUUCAAACACGGGAAGCGACGUCAAACCGCAGAAGUGAAGCUGGUUCGCACGACAACUACCUCAUGAACAGGGCCGGCGCGGAUAGGACGGUUUAAGCGACAAAAACGAUUAAAAAAAACAAACAUGUUUGGUAAAAAGAAGACGGCACCAAUGCCCAAAGGACAGGGGGCCGCUGCGGCCAAAAAGAUGGGAUUGUUUCUAGACCUGGACCCCGAGGAGAUGAUGAGGGGUGCGGAGGAAAGCCUGGACGACCCGGAUCUGGAGGCUGAACUCGCUGCUAUCACUGGAAGUAAAGCUAUUACAAGAGGAAGAGUCAAAGCCAAGGGGAAAAGUCCUCUGCCCAUGGAAGACAUUGCAAAAAUGGCCGACGAGUGUAUGAGAGAUGUGGAUGAAGAGGAUGACGACGAUAAUGUUGAAGAUGAUGAGGAUCUAUUGGCGGAGCUCCAGGAAGUGGUGGGUGACGAGGAAGCUGGGGAUGAAGUUGCUGCUUCCUCCGCCUCCGCUGAGUCUUCUCAAGUCGCAGCAGCCGACCCCCCAGCUUCACCGGAAGUAACGGUCUCCAAAGCAGCACCUGGUAGCCUCCAAAGUACUCUGGAGGAACGAGCAGAGAUGUACAAGACGGCGAUAAAGAAUGCAAAGGCUGCAGGAGAGACGUCCAAAGCCAGGAGAUACGAACGAGGUCUGAAGACGCUGGAGUCGAUGAUAGCCUCUGUGAAAAAAGGAAAGCCUGUUAACGAAGCGGAGAUCCCACCACCUGUAGCGACCGGAGCCCCUAGCGCAGCGCCUCGGCCUGCUGUCCCUGCAAGGCCUGCUCCCCCUGUACCCUCGCGUCCUGAGCCAGCUCAGCAGGGGGAGGCGGAGACCCCAGCUGCUGCCAUCACACCCAGCAGUGAAGAGGAGCGCUCUUCCUCUGCUACCGUACCAACUCUGAGCAACCUUCCUUCUCCUGAGGAGCCACACAUGGGAACUACUGACCUCGCAAAAAACACUCUGGCAGAUUCCGCGAACGACGCGACGAAGACGAUGCUCUUGGAGAGGCAGAAGGAAUACAAGCUGGCAGCUCUGAGAGCCAAGAAGGAAGGGGAUAUGGAGCAGGCUAAGCUUUACUUCAAGACCAGCAAGCGGUUCGAUGCAGUGAUCGAGGCGUUGGAGAAAGGACAAGCAGUCGACCUCAGUGGCCUUCCUUCGUCUCCUGGAAAGGGAGGGAGCGCUGCUGCAGAGAACAAACCUUCCUCUGAGCCAAACAGACAGGUAUCCCAGCCGGUCCCAGCAGCACCUGGCGCUGCUGCCCCUUCAGCCCCCAGAGAUGUGCUGGAGGCUCUUGAGCAGCGGCGACUCAAGUACGCGGAGGCAUCAAAUCAGGCCAAAGCCAGCGGGGAUGAGCGCAAGGCCCGAAUGCACGACCGCAUUGCUAAGCAAUAUCAGAGCGCCAUCCGAGCUCACAAAGCUGGGAAACCUGUCAACUUUGACGAGCUUCCAGUCCCACCGGGGUUUCCUCCGAUCCCCGGCCAAAAGGCAGCAGCUGCUGAGCAAGGCUUCAUCGCUACCCUGGAGGCAGCCAGCAAGCUUGCUUCCACGGACGCUGCUGAAGUCGGAGAUGACGAAGAAGACGAAGAAAGGGAGGCAGAGCCAAAGAUUGCUGUGCCAGAAAAGACGAGGAAGCCGACGCUGGAGGUCCCCACAGCCGGUCCGGAGCAAAAAAGUUCACCGUCUGGUUCGCCAGACAGAACGUCUCGGAAGGAAAGUCUCUCGCCAACGGCCGUUCAGCUGCUGGAGCUCCUGGAGAGCAGGAAGAAGCAGUACAUGAGGGCGGCUCUGCAGGCCAAACAGAAGAGCGACAUGGAACAAGCCAAGAUUUUCCUCCGCACCGCAAAGAGCUUGGACCCCAUGAUCGAAGCGGCACACAGCGGCAAAACAGUCGACAUCAGCACGCUGCCGUCGCCCCCUGGUGACGAAGAUGACGACUUCAUCCUGGUGCACCACUGUGAUGUGCAGGUUUCAGAGAAAGCAGAGCAGGUUUACACACAACUGACCAACAUCCUGAAGGAGCAACAUGAGAAAUGCUUGACCUACUCCAAGCAGUUCACCCACCUCGGAAACGUCUCUGAAACAACAAAGUUUGAGAAAAUGGCAGAAAGCUGCAAGAAGAGCAUGGAGGUCCUGAAGCUGGCUCAGUCCCGGGGUCUUCCUCCCCCUAAACAUCACUUCGAGGAGAAAUCUUUCCGCACUGUGAGAAUAUUUCCAGAGCUGAGCAGCACCGACAUGGUUGUUAUCAUCGUGAAAGGCAUGAAUCUUCCUGCUCCCAGCGGAAUCCAACCAAACGAUCUAGAUGCUUACGUCAAGUUUGAUUUUCCCUACCCCAGCGCAGAGCAGCCGCAGAGACACAAAACCAACGUCAUCAAGAACACCAACUCACCAGAAUAUAACCAGAGCUUCACGCUGUCGAUCAACCGCAACCACCGCGGCUUCAGGAGAGUCGUGGCGACUAAAGGCCUCAAACUGGAGCUGCUGCACAAAGGUGGUUUCCUGCGGAGCGACAAGCCGAUCGGGUCGGCGCUCGUAAAGCUGGAAAAACUGGAGGCACAGAGCGAAAUCAGGGAAAUUGUUGAGGUGAUGGACGGCCGCAAGCACACAGGAGGCCGCGUGGAGGUGAAGGUGCGACUCCGGGAGCCUCUGAGCGGUCAGGACGUGCAGACGAACACCGAGCGCUGGUUGGUCAUCGACUCUUCAAAGGGUCUUGUUUAGGAGGUUUGUCCGAAUUACAGAGGAGUUACAGAUGAAGGGGAAAAUGGACUCGAACAGAAAGAAAAACAAAAAGAUGGGGUUUGAGAUCGUCCGUUCACACGGGACUGAGACCUUAACCGAUGUUGGACUUUAACCUUUUGCACAUUAGCGCCACAUGGGGGCGGCUUUUUGCACAGCAGUCCACCAGGAGGAGACGACGUGCUGUGGAGUAGAGGGUCUGAUGAGCUGCUGUAGGACUGGGGGCGACGCAUGAAGCAGAUUAGAGCAACGAGCUGAAAGCUCCUUAAAUCAGAGGUAAAACGUCUCAGGCAACGACCAAAGCUGCUUGAACAGUUUAUGGUGAAGGAGCUGCGCUCCAAGAGAGCGGCGGUGUGUCUUCUGCUAAUUUUCAAGAGCUACCCUCACCCCAGAGGCUCACUUAAAUUUACUUCAUAGACGUUAGCAAAUAAUGUGUACAUAUUCCUCAUAUUUAUAGAAAUCUAGCAUCUAGAACUUCACUAUGCACUAAUACCAAAGUAAUCAGAGUUGCUGUAAAGUCCUGCAUAUUUGAAUCAUCUUUAGUUGCCAAAUCUGUUACGGAGCUUCAGAAAUUUGUGUUCAUGUGGAUAUAAUACGGCUUACGUGUGCGCACCUUAGUUUUUUUGGGAGAUUUCACUGCAGAAACGAGACGGAACGUUUCCAGAGACGUUUUACGGGAUAAAACCAGGGAGUUAUGAUGCUACGCUGCGCUAUUGUUUUAGAGACAACUCUCCUUUUUGGCACUUUCCACUUAAGACUAGAAGUUUAAGGUGUGUUUUGUUUACAGCAUGGAGCACAAAAACCGCAGAAAUCCUUAAUAUAUGCAGAUUUAGGAAGGGGUGAACGUAUCUAAAGUAGCAGCCUUUAUUUAAGCUAGUUAAAGGACCAGUUGCCUGUUUUACAUCAGCCUGAAGAGGCAAACGAUCCCCUUCAUGGCUGGAAACUUUAUUUUCAGCACAAAGACUGAAAACAGUUGGUUGAUGUCUAUUAAGCAAAAAAAAAGAAAAAUCUUAAGAUUCAAUAUUUGAAGCCAUUUCUGAAAUUUCAGCUGUUUUAAAAAACAAAACAGCUUAAGUUGAAAGCAGGUCAGGUAAUUUUAGGUGCCAUAUUUACUCGUCUAAAGAGUUUAUAUUGGAAGUAUGUUUUGUCACUCAGUGUAAGACUUUUAGGCUAUAAGACUGUUCAGGCUGAUCUGAUUCAGAGCAGCGGCCACAUUUAUGAGCACAUAAAGAUGUCUAAAAAAAAAAAAAAGCCUUAAAAUAAACAAGUCUUUUAUUGCAGAGGUAUAAACAAAAUUGGAAAAAUACAACCAACAUUUGAGAAAAUAAAUUAUUUCAGGAAAUUAGUUAAAGUCCCUCAUUGCACAACUCUGUGCGCUGUCAGCAGCUUCUUUCAAAAUAAAUGUUACUAAAACAAAUAUACUUUUUGCUUUUAAAGCUGGACAGAGCGUCUACGGACUUCUAAUUAAAAACAUUUGCUUUAAUUUGAAUUUAUUUGUAAAUAGGGCAAAAAUAAAAAUUGAUCAAGAAUGACCCAGAUGCCGUUCUUCUUGCUGAGAAUGGACAAAAAGAUUUAUUAAAGUAUUAUGUAGAAAAUAAUGUAGUUUAUAAUAUAUAAUAUUGUUGAAUUAUUGUUGGGCAAAUAAUUUUUCAUUGUUGCACUUUCUAAUUAAAACAUUGUUUGUGGCCUUAGAGCACUUUCAGCUUAAUGAGUUUGGUCAAUGGUAAAUACUCCACUGUCCAGAGCAUCAGUCUUUAGGAGGCUUGCCAGCAAAAUGCCUUUUCUGUCCUACCAUCACAAACGUAAACGCUGCUCAGACUUUAGUGGGAGCCAUGUGGUUCGGUCAGAUGAGACUAAGAUUAAGUUUCUACAGCAACAAGCUGUCCAGGUUGAUCAAGUGUAAAACAAAGGAUGAAAGCAUGGUGCAGGAUCUGUCAUGCUGUGGGUCUGUUUUCCUUCUAAAUGCUCCAGGAAGCUUUGAAAAGUCAGGAUAUUCUACAUAAAAAAAUAAAUUAAAAUCUGCCAGGAAGUUGAUAAGUUGGUUGAGAUCAGGUCGUUUAACAGGAUAAUGAUCCAAAACUAAACAGAAAUAAAUGUAGUUCCUGUAGAAAACGAUUUUUGGGGUGAGCUGAAGAGAGGAUCCAGGACAGCUGGAGAUUUUGGAAAGAUCUCUGAAAUAGGCAAUGAAAAAACAGAGAGGUUACAACAUAUUACCAGCAGGGGGCGCUCAUAACUCAGCGGUGUUUGAUUUCACCAAAAGCAAUUAUUUCUUAAAAUAGUUUUUUUUAAUCUUUGAAUAAAUAUAAUUAAAUGAAAGAUUGAUAUUUUUCCCCCCCUUCAAAUUUUCAUGCUGCUGCAAUAAAAGAUUAGUUUAUUUAGAGGCUUACUUCACAUACCUAUAAAAUGUGGCUCAAGUGGCAAAGUUAGCAGCUAAAGAGUCGAGUACUUUUAAUAAAGCUACAGCCAAGACAGGAGAGGCUGUUAAAUGUGAGGGAACUGGCCCUUUAAAGUUCUAGCUGUUCAGAACCAAGUUAAGCCAUAAGAAGCCACUGAGCCAAGUGAGUAAAGAUUUCACCCCAACCCUCAGUUUGGUCACAACAUUUCAGUUUUUAUCUCUAUUCUGUGCAGACAAAACAUUAUUUAGUCCUUAUUUUUGUUUUCUACUGUUUAAUCAACCACAGGUUUACCAAAUAAGGGAAAUGCGUUUGUCCAUAUUCCUGAAAAGACCUGAAAUAACGUGUUUGACUGUACAAUAAACGGAGCUUAUUCUGA